GAGAUCCUAACUGGGUUCAAGCAUCGCUGCGAUGCCCUGGACGUCUCUGGACCUGAGAUAGUUGUUGUUGACAACUGCUGCCAUGUCCAGAAUGCCAUUCACGAUGUGUUUCCGAUUAACAAGGUUGCUCUCGACUUAUGGCACCUUGUCAUGAGGUAUUCUGGAUGUGUCGCCAAUACAACCAGAAAUCAACGUCAGAAGGAGGUCGCGGCCAGCAUCUCCUCCUGUAUCGUUGCCCAAAAGGCAGACGGAGUGCGUCACCACGCCAUAUAUCGAUCUAGGGAAGAGCAGGAGCAACGGCUGGUUCAGGUGUUCAUGUUUUUCGAGCAAGAAGGUGGGAUAUGGGCCCCUAACGCCUCGAAGGUCCAUGCGGAACAGCUGCGGCACAUUCGGAACGGAUGCCCUACGAGACCACGCGACGACAUAGCCUCUGAUGGGAGCCGCAUUGAGGGCUCUCACAAAGGUCGGAACGGGCUCAAUUGCGCGCAGCCCAGUGGCCUCGAGACCAUAUCAGCUCCGUGCCAUGACUAUGUGCUACGCCGGAACAUACGCACCGCAAGUCGUCUUGAAGAUCAAUCCAAAUUUGUCCAGUCCACUUUCGGCUCUCACCACAUCCGCUUCGUUGACUACAUUGCGAGGCUGUUCAACCAGACAUGUCAAGAAACCAAGUCCGACAGCCUCACUUGCCUUCCUAUCCUACCUACAGUCCGCUCUGGCGAGUCAUUCGGCCUCGUACCAUCACAUCACUUCCUCAGCUUUGGCGGCACCAUCGAGGUCAAGAUUGAGGACGAUGUUCAAUUUGAGGUUGACAGUACCACCAGGAUGGAUGAUCGCAUGGGGGCCUUAGGAGGGAUGGAUAUCGAUGUGCUCGUGCCCAAGUCAGGCCCCGAGGUGGUCCAAAACCAUGGUAUACCCAGCCAUCAUGAAAUCGACAUACCAUCGCCAUGUUUACCUGGUACCAAGGAGACGGACGUCAAAUCCACGCAUAUGACGGCAGCGACAAUGGAAACGGCUAUAACCGAGUUCGCGGACAAGGCUUUGUCCUCGUCUAUAGUUACAGACGGUGGUGAUUCGCUUCUUGCUCCGGGCUUGUCGCUCUCGGACCACACCCCUUUCCAGCUUCCUCCACCCCUUCACUCCAAGUUUCACGUGCAUCACGCCCCACUGGCUCUAGCGCCAGUUGAGCCCACACCACCAACUAUCCCGGAACCAUCAUCUCCUGCCAAGCAAAAAGCCGACACCUAUGACUUAGACAAGGUCCAGCUAAAGCGCAUGCACCGGGAGAUGGCAGACAACACAUCUUAUUUACGGAAGCAUGAUCUGGAUUGUCAGGUGUUUAAGAGCAUCUCCUCUGCUCAAACUCCUGGUGUUUCAAGGACACUCCAUGGCUAUUUCCACUCGCAUUCGGUACACUCAUCCAUGGUAGCAUGCAGCCAGCUUGGUGGUGCCAAGGCUACGUUUGGACUGCUCGAGCUCCCUCCCGGUCUCACGCGCUCCGAGCAUUCCUUCAGCAUCUCCACCGGUAUCGAUGCCCGUGCCCUCCGUAUUGAGGGCGGUGUGGAGUUCUUCCUAUUUAUGGACAUGCGCGCCGAGUUCAAGUGGCAGUCUUACAAUAUGUCAUCGAAGAAGUGGGUUCCCGCAACAGACCUUUACAACAGCCGUCUCUGCCGGUUCAACGAAACGAAUCAGGUCCCUACCAUUGCGAAGCACCCGCAGGCCCUCCUGCGAAAGCUUGGAGAAAUUGAGCGCAAGGUCCUCGAUAGGAUUCACACCCAGAACUUCAAGUCUAAAUCCAACUCCGAGACUUUCUGGAAGCAUCAUUGCGAAGCCGUACAUCUCAUAAAGGAGGAUCCGGAUAAGAGAUCUCGCACGCCAGCGACCUGCACUCGCUGCCUAACCGUCAUGUAUCCUGGAGGGCUCAGCCCUACGGGUAACCACAAGAAGGGAGUUUGUGGCGACGGUGUGCGUCAGAUCCGCAAAGACAACGAAGAGCUGCCGCCGUGGCCUCAGCCCCAAGGCGUCUUUACCCGGGGUGAGCACUUCCACCCGGCGGUGUUCCUCAAAACGAUCCAGCAAGUUUACGAGCGAACUUUUGUUCGCUCGUCCGGUGAGAGCGAGGUCCUCGAGGCUGAGGCGUUUGCGAAUAUGGUGACAUCCCGCACCAUCACCGUCGAGGGUGGCCAUGUCCUAUUCAAGAUGUACCGGGCAUUCGCAGCCGACGCAUGCACGCCGGACUCGGCGUUGACCAUUUUCAACGAUGAGAAGUAUCUUCGAAUUCCUUACCUCGAGAACUAGUUCACGCUCGACUACGUCUUUUUUCAUCUCUUUUUCAUGAUCUUUCACCUUUCUUUUUCUUUUGAUCCCGCCUCCACGUUUACUUUACAGAUCUUCGUUUUUCUCUCUUAAUUUCUAUCUUACACUCAUGUAUAGUAGCCCGGCGAGCGUUCGCGCUAUUGUUGGAAGGACUCGAGUCCUUUUCACGCACCGCCAGCAGCUCCCCGCGACGAGCUGGACUGGAUCGGCUCGUGCAGUAUUUAGGGGCUUGCUUGCCUGAUCGUCGUAGCUAGUCACAUGUAGUUAGUGCCGUAGGGGUGCCGUUCGGUCUUUUAAAUUUGGUCGACUCGGUCAUGCACCGAUCGCGACCGAAUGGACCGAAUGGACCGAAACUAGGUCAACCCCUCCGUAUGGCGUAGCUGCU